CUUUGCUACAGAAAAGCUGCAUCUUGCAUUGAAUGGAAAUUCGUGGUGUGCAGAGUGUGUUUGCGACCGUCUCGCCAAGCCUGCACGACCGCCAAGCCGCCGUCGUUGCGCCGUACAAGGGCUGGUCGGUCGUCAUUGCCGAGUCUGUCAAGGCACGCACCGGCACCGAGCCCAGCGUCACGUUCUACAAGUUGCAGACGACAACUCCGGAAGGCCGUGUGUUUACACCUCUGCGACGCUAUUCUGCGUUUGACGAGCUCGAUCGCGGGCUCCGCGCGUAUUACACUCACGCACUGCCUCACCUGGUCGGAAACAUCCCUGAAAUGCCGCCCAAGCAAUGGCGCUGGUUCUUUGACCAUGAGGACCCCGAGUUUAUCAACGAGCGUAAGGUCGGCCUGCAAAACUAUCUGCAACGACUGAUGCAUCUCCCUCGGAUUGACGAAUUCUCGGGUUACCACACAUUCAUCACGGGCGAGCGCGCACUGGCCCCUUCCGGGAGCUCCAGCUCGGGCAACGCAAACAACUCGUCGCCAUUGUCGCGACCUGCAUCACCCCCUCCAGCGGCCACGCGAUAAGCGAGACAUUGUGCUCUCCAAGGGGGGUGUUUGUUUGUUUGCUUCAUUUCUUUAUCAUUGUGUUAUCCGUUGUCUUGGGUGAAGAGGCAGUUCGCGAUUGCCUUUCUCUACUCACUGAUCCCUGUGUGUGUUCCUGUUCCAAAGUCUUGAUAAAAAAAACUGUCAGUGUUAUGCUCUUGGCAAAAUGGCAAGGUAGAACGUGUUGCUUGUGAGAUGAUCAAGUUGUAGUCGACGGUAAUUUCGAAAAGAACCUCCAUCGUGCAACUUUUUGAUGCAACAAAAGACAAGACAUACUGCAUGC